AGGGAGCAUUUUGCCCGCAUCAACCUGCCCAGUUGUCAGUUAGCAGCGUCCGUUUGUCCGUCUCGCAGGUGAGCGUCGACUCGUCCUUUUAACAGCCUACAAAAAAAACCCCGAAACCUCCAGAUGAGUAAACCAAACGCCGGAUGACUGGAAUAUUUCCUGAAACACACCGGGGCUUUUUUUGUUUUGUGGACGCAGAAAAAAAAAAAACAACCGGAGCUAACGGCCGUCAACGGUUAACAUGUUAGCCGACGGGUCGACAGGUGCACCGCGGCUUCGGGCUUCGAUUCGUUCGCCUCGCCGUGUGCGGGCGGUGUAAACACGGCGUUGGAAAGCGGUGUUUCGGCUGUACUGGAAGGCAGCUUACCGGUGUCUAACAAUAUCGGGGCCGGUGUUAUGUGUAAAGGCUGACACAGGUGGAGGACUGGAAACCACUGCAACCACUAACUGGGACACCACCUUUUGUCUCAUGUAAAACAACACAACAGCAGCAACCGGACAUCUACGAAGGGCGAAGGUCUACAUGAGGACACCUGCUGCCUCCUUCCCUCUUCCCCUCCACCCUGUUUUGCCUUUCUGCUCCUCCAAUUAUCCCUCUCCUUGCUUGUCUUUACGUUUCACCAUCUUCCUCAUUCCCCUUCUCCUCUUUCUCACCAUCCACUACAUCCUCCGUCUCCGGCUCACCCUCAUUACCUCACAGUCUGGGUACUGACAUGGCCUCGGCCCAGUCAGACCAGUCCAGGGUCCUGCAGGAGGAGCUCACCUGCCCAGUGUGCCUGGACUUGUACCGGGACCCCUACCUGCUUCCUUGUGGCCACAACUUCUGCAAGACCUGCCUGGACCGCCUAAAGCGUCAAGCGGAGCGAGGUCGCUUCCGCUGCCCGGAGUGCCGCGACAGCCACCGGUGCGGCACCAACUUUCAGAAAAACUUCAAACUAGCCAACAUCGCCGACGACUACCGGCACCGGCGCAGAGCUACCACUGCGGCUGCCACGGCUUUCAGACCCAGAGACUCGCUGUCGUCUUCUCUGGCGACACAGCAGACUAGAGGCACGCUCGCCGUUCCGUGCGACUACUGCCCAUCAGUUGCCGCGGAGGCCCCCGGCACCAGUGCAGCCGGGGAGGGGUCUUCUGCUGCUUCUGUCUCUCAGGAAGACGGCGACAAGCAGGAAGCCGCUGCCACCGCUGCUGCGCCGAUGUUCGCGGUCAAGACGUGCCUGAAAUGCGAAGUGUCGAUGUGCCCGGAGCACGUGAAACCACAUCUGGAGUUGCCGGCGUUCCGCGAGCAUCCGCUGACGGAGCCGAUGAACGACUUCUGGAAGAGGAAGUGCCCAGAUCACGAUGAGAUAUACAGAUAUUACUGCAUGGAUGACAAGGUGUGUGUGUGCAACGCCUGCACCAUAGAGGGAGGACACCUGGGACACACAAUCAAGACCCUGAAAAACACCAUGAAAGACCUCAAGGGCACGCUGGAUAAGCAGCUGUACAGGGUUGAGAGGAAGUACAGCAUGGCAGAGAGAAAACUCCAGGAGCAGAAGGAGAAGGAGAGGCAGAAUAAGAAGUUUAUGGACGACUCUGAGCAGGGCCUGACCAGGCUGGGUGAGGAGAUGAAGGCCAAAGUACUCCGCUUCGUCACCCGAUUGCGCGAAUGCACGCGCACUCACUGCGACACCAACGGGCCGGCGAUCCAGAAGAACAUUUCCCGGAUCUGCCAGGACCAGGCCCGUCUCCAGGAGGUCCGCUGUGGGAUCGAAAGCCUCAUGCAGGAGAACGACCCUUUCCGGUUCAUCGAGGCUUACAAAACAACAGGGAAACAGUGCCGUAGGCAGCUAAGAAAAAACAUGUUCUACCCAGAAUACGUCGACAUGGAGACGGAGGUUCUCGGAGUGAUGAUGGAAGAAGAAAUGAGAAAAUUCCUUGAUGAGGAACUGCCAUGUCACAUUGUUGCUGCCAUUAGUACUCUGUGUCAUCUUUCAGAUCUCGAGGAGGAGGAGGAGCAGGAGGAGAAUGAGGAAGAGGCCGUGGAGGAGGAGGAGGACGACGACGACGACGACCUCGACGACAGCAGCGUGGAGGAAAUGAGGAGCGAGGGGGAGGAGGAAGACGAGGAGGAGGACGACGACGACGACGACGAGGGGCACGACCGGAGCGAGCUCGCCGACGAUCUGUACAGCCCGGAGGAGGACGAGGAGGAAGAGGAAGAUGACGAAGAGGACGAGGACGGAGAAGAGGAGGACGAGGAGGAGAGAGGGGUUUAACCGAGGACUUGAUUUGCACACAUAUAUUUUUACACCAAUUAAAAGCACUUUGGAUUGGACCUUUUUAUCCACACAUGAGUGCGGCAGAUGUUGUAACAUCUGUUUUUAGCGUCGCGACCCAUCUUCUCUUUUUGAAUGUACAGUUACGGACUCGAGCAGCUACCACGUUUUGCCUCAAACCCUCCUCCCUACGAGAUUUUAAAAACUAACCGUGCACUGAGAAUCUGCCAAUGUGAAACUGAUGCUUAACCCCGCGUGUCGCAUACUGCUGAACUUUUAAUUAAGGUGCUUUAUAUUAGAAAGACGUCUGCUGUAUAACGUACACACACACACACACACACAAACACACACACACACACACAGUAAAGUGAAUGUAAAGUGACAGAAUGUGGCUGGAGGGACUCAAACGCUUCAAACUGAAUUUAGGAAAACCUCUGCAUGACUACGAUGCCGGAUUUUCUACCAAGUUUGCUAAACAUUUUACGAAAUGCCUAAAACAGUAUUGUCGAAAAUUUGACCUAAUCUGUUUCGAGGAUUUUCACCCGGUUCACCUGAGUUCUUUUUAUACAACAGGUGCUAAGCAGAGAGAGAGAGAGAGAGAGAGAGAGAGCUUCUUAAAUUUUCCAAGAACAGAUGAGAAGAUGUUUGUAUUCCUUGAGUUUCCUCCAGUUUUCCAUCACCAUAGAAAGCCUUUUGAUCGGUAUCCUCGCGAAAACAAGCCAACAACAAACACGCAAAGGCCAGUAACAAUCUACUUGAAUGAGUCCCCGUGCGUAUGGAGUGUCGCGAUUGUUUCAUGCUAGAGAUAAAAACACUGCAAGCCAAAGAGUAAGGAUGUGCGUGUGUGCAUGGAUACUUUAAAAGUUUUGUUUGCUUGGCAUGAUGUUAGAAAAAAAAAAGAAAUGCAAUGUGUUAAUACCAGUUUACAUAGGCUACUGGAUGACUUUGCUUUUCAUAGUUGUGCUUUUAAGAAGUAGUUAAUGCAUUGUUUAAAAAAGAAACAAAAGUCAUAUGUUCCUAUGCACAAGCUCAUACAUUAUUCUCAAAAUAUCCGUUUCAGGUGAUAAGGAAUUUUGCACUUUACUAGAUAAUGCUAUGUUAGGCCUGAGAUAUUUGAAUGUUAAAAGUCAAUUUUUAUUUUGAUACGAGUGAUUUUGUGAGAGGCCAAAAUAAAAUAAUUAUUACAUGAUAAUAAAGCCUGUUGAAAUGUG